AUGUCUUUCCCAAGAAACUACCAGGACACUAACUCCAAUUAUGCCAAUGCCUCCCUAAAGCGCCACGGUGCUGAUCAGAUGGAGAUAGAAGAUAACUUAUUCUCUUCUGAUUCCCACCCGAGAAUGGGUCUUUUGUCUCGCACGCUGAUACCAAGUCCAAUCAUUCAGUGGAUACUACCUGCGCGCCUGAGAAGUGAACACCAAAAUGACGUUGUUUUUAUCGGCGAGCGAAGUUUGCAGAUUAAGGAGGCCGUGUCCGGUUUCCAUUUAGAGGACGUCACUUCAAAGUCGGACUUUGAUUCCAAUAUCAUGGCAGCAAAAGUCAUCAACGUGGGCACAGAAUUACCUUGGGAGGCACAGAUGAAAUUGGGAGCAAGCGCUGCACCUGUCAAUUCAGAGCCGCAGAUAGGGUUGCCUCCCCAGAUAUUGCUGCUAAGUCUCGCCUCAAGAGAACUAGUUUUCCUUUAUUAUUCGAUGUCGAGUGAUCAAUUCAUCCACCACCAUCGGCCCUUACCGAGUGAUGUCAGUACAUUCGAGCGUUUCGGUCGGAAUAUUGCGGUGGAGCCAAGGUGA